GCCCGUGACGUGCAGUUCCCAGCCCAGGGUGAGGGUGUGUGGUGAUGGAGAGAGAGUAGACCUCCUUCAUUUAUCUUCAGCUCUCUCUCUCUCGGCGUUUGACGGUUGGACUCGACUCUACUCGGACUAAAGUGCUCGCGGACGGCAGCUCGAGGGCCCAGGAACCCCGCUCUUCCGGACAUGGCCCGGUCUCUGUGUACAGCAGCUCUCGGUCUCUUCUGCUUCGCUUUAUCAUGCGUGAGGGAAGCUGAAGCCAGAGCAGACUUUUCUGUAGCCCUUCAUCGGCAGAAGAGGGAAUGGAUCGUUCCUCCGCAAGUUCUGGAGGAGAAUGUGGACUACACCAAAAAGGAAUUCAUUGCUAGAAUUCGCUCAGACAAAGAUGACGAUGGAAAAAACUUAAUAACCUAUGCCUUAAGGGGCGUUGGAGCAGACCAGGCACCCUUCAACCUGUUUGUUGUGAUCCCUAACAAUGGUUAUGUUCAGAUAACUGGUAUCCUGGACCGAGAGAUGAUUUCGCAGUACAAUCUCUCUGGAAUUGCUACGUUCAGAAAUGGCACAGUGGCAGAGAAUGACAUUCAGCUUAGGAUAAAAGUGAAGGAUCAGAAUGACAAUGCACCCAUCUUUCCUGCCACUAUCUCGCCAGGCUCUGUGAAAGAACUCAGCGCUGUAGAUACCGUUGUAAUGAGGGUUUUAGCCACCGAUGCUGACGAACCUGGGAACCCCAACUCUCAGAUCCGCUAUGACAUAAUAAAUCAGGACCCUCCAGGGAACAUGAUGUUCAAGAUUAAUUCCAAUGGAGAAGUGCUGGUUAGCAAUCCUAACCUAGACAGAGAGAGUGUUGAUCACUACACACUUACUGUAAAAGCUUCAGAUCUCAAUGGGGCCCCUGGGUGCCGCACAGGAACAGCAUCGUUUGAAGUCCUGGUCCUGGACGUAAAUGAUAAUGUCCCAACACUAGAAAAUGAAAAUUAUGAGGGCAGUAUUGAGGAGAACACAGAUGGCGUAGAGGUGAUGAGAAUCAAAGCGAAAGAUCUGGACAUGGAGGGCACCGAUAGCUGGCUGGCCAAGUUUGACAUUGUGUCAGGGAAUGAAGGGGGGCAUUUCAGCAUUUACACUGAUCCAAACACCAACGAGGGAGUCCUGAUGCUCAACAAGGCUGUGGAUUAUGAGGAGGUCAAAAACAUGAAUCUGGGCAUUGCGGUGUCCAACAAGGCUCCCUACCAUCCCUCAGUGACAGGAGGUGCAGGAACAAUUGGAGUGGUGAUCCCAGGAGCUGUUGGUGGUAGUGGUAGUGGUAGUGGUAGUGGUAGUGGUAGUGGUAGUGGUAGUGGUGGUGGUAGUGGUAGCGGUAGUGGUAGCGGAGGAGGAAGUUCAGGAUCAAGUUGGAGUACUGGAGGAGGGUCUAUUGUACCAGGAAGCCCAGGUACCCUUGGAAGUGGUAAAGUGUACAAUGUGAACAUCAACGUAAAAAACCAGCCUGAGGGUCCACGCUUCAACCCCAAAGUAAAGGCAAUCCCCCUUUCUGAAGAUGGCAAGACGGUUGAUAUAACGAAAGUCAUUGCUAAGUACCCUGCCCUCGAUGGAGAUACAGGGUUACCUUCUAAGAACGUCAGAUAUGUCAAAGGCGCUGACCCAGACAACUGGCUGUCCAUUGAUGAGAAAACAGCUGAAAUUAGACUAAACAAAAUUCCAGACCGGGAAUCUCCACACUUGGUCAAUGGGACAUACACAGCCCAGAUCCUUUGCAUCAGUCAAGACGUACCCUAUACUACAGCUACAGGCACAGUUGCCAUCCAGGUGGAGGACUUUAAUGACCACUGCCCUACUCUGACGAGCCAGGCACAGACUUUGUGCACCAACCAGGAAGCCAUAUAUGUCACUGCAAUAGAUGAAGAUGCUCCUCCCAAUGGAGCCCCUUUCACUUUCAGCAUAGUUCCUGAAAAAACUAAGGGAAAAUGGAGUGUGGAGCACUUAAAUGAGACAACGGCCAUCUUGAGAACUCAUGAAAGUCUGUGGCCGGGUACUCAGGAAGUGACAGUGGAGGUGCGUGACCAGCAGGGGGAGGCAUGUCCAGAGCCACAGGUGCUAAAACUGGAUGUAUGCACCUGUAAUCAUCAUGGUCUAUGUGGUGCCCGUGGGGCUCAACAGAAGGGCUCGGUGCUUGGCAAAGCUGGAAUUGGUCUGCUUCUCCUGGGACUCCUUCUGCUCUUACUUAUCCCACUUUUGCUGCUCUUCUGUCAAUGUGGUGCAGCCGCUAUGGGAGGAGCCUUCGCUGAUAUGCCCUUUGACACCAAAGAGCACUUGAUCGCCUACCAUACAGAAGGACAGGGAGAAGACCGGGAUAUGCCCAUGCACCUCACUGCACCAGAGGUUGAUGGUGGAUUGGGCAACAUGGCACCUAAAGGCACCUAUUGGCCUGGUGGGAACGGUAUAGAAGGAGCAGGAGCUGGUUACCUGCCGUCUGCAGGCGAGGAUGGCUAUAUAAUAAGAGAGGAAUUUGACGAUGAUGGAAUGGCUCUCUCAGAUGAUUUCUUGAAUCUGUACUACUCACGUAAGAGUCAUCAGCUGGAUGUCACGGCCAAAAAUGCUCUGCUGGUAUAUGACUAUGAAGGUCGGGGUUCACCAGUUGGUUCCAUUGGCUGCUGUAGUCUCCUUGAAUCGCACAAUGAUCUGGAGUUCCUCAACGACCUCGGGCCCAAGUUCACCACUCUCGCUGAGAUAUGUGGAGGCACAACAUUCACAACAGAGGUCUCAGCCCCUCCUCCCUCUAUUCCGAAACCCAUCGUGGAACGCUCAGAACCAGUCUCCAUAGAAACCAACAUUGUCAAUACUAUGAAUGUUCCUGCUAGGCCUGCACCAUUUUCAUCCAUGCAUGUGGAGGAGAAUGUCAUGGUUACCAACAGCCAAGCCUCAGUAGUGGCUGACAGGAAGCCUGCUCAGACUCUGAUUGACAUGAAGCCUGCCCAGACUUUGAUUGACGUCCAGCCAGCACAGACCCUGUUGGUGCAGCAACAGCCUCUGUACUAUGUGGUGGAGCCACAAGUUUCCAGCACCGUGCUGUUGGCCGAGGGGCCCACCGUUGGAUUGGGACAAAGCAUGUACAUGCUGAACGGUGCUCCAAUGGCUGAGAGAGUUCUAGUCCAGGGCACUGUUCCUGCACAAGGCACGAUAAGCAGAGGAGACAGAGUGAUGCUGCUGGAGACAGGUGGAGGAUCCACCCAGGCACUGAACACAGGACUGCUGCAGACAGCUAACCUAUCUGGUUCGCAGCUCCUGCUGGUGGAGAGGGGAGCACAGGGUGGGCAGUACCUCCAGGGGACACUGCAGAGAGGCGGAAUUGCUGGCUCUCAAGGUGUAAUGGUAGUGGAAGGCCAGUCAGGCCCCAUGAUGCAUGGAUCUCUGCAAAGAGGUGUUGCCACAGGUGGGUCUCAGAACAUGCUGUAUAUGGAAGCGCAGGGUGGGCCAUCAGGAGUUGUUCAUGGAUCACUGCAGAGGGGCAUGACCUCCAGCGCAGGGUCACAAAGCGGGACUGUGGGAUUGAACGGAAGCUCCAUCCAGAUAAGCAGAGUUCCAACCUCCUCACAGAAAGUGGUCAUCCAAGAGAAGAAGGUUGUGUCAACUCAAAAAAGCCCCCUGUAAAGAUGCAUGGAUAAUAAAACCCCUCAUUGCAUUAACUUUCUAUUGACCUGGAAAGAUUUUCAACUUUCUUUUAUCUUCAUUACACUUUGCACAUUGCAUACUUGUCUUUGAAUACAAGUAACAUCUAACACUUUUUCAGCUUUAUUUGAAAGGAUUGUUUUUUUUUUAUUAAGGUUUUAAUUUGUGAACUUCAGUAGUGUACGUCAAUAUGGUUUUGAGUGUCACAUUGCAAAGAGGGCCCUUUUGAAUCUUUACCAUUAGUCAUUUGCCAGCACUUUUAAAAUAUACACGGGUCAGCUUCCAUCAGUAGCUUCAUAGGCUCCAUGUCCGUAUCCUAUAUUAAAAUCCACACAAAAUGCAUCCACAGUAAUACUAGUGUUUUCAGUUGAGGUUCCAGAAAACUGAGAUAGAAAAAGCAGCUGUGCAAAGUCAAUAUUUGAAUUAAUUCAAAUGAUUAAUUAUUUGACUUCAAAAAUUAGCAGUAGCAUCAAAAGCACAUUGGAUAGUGUAGCAGAGUGUGUAAGCCUGGGCAAACAGAUAAAGCAGUGGACACAGAAAAUUGUUUGAAUAUAUCAGUUUUGGACUUUCAAAAUGAUAACAAAACAUUUAUUAGAAAGAAUAUGAUAUGAUGAUAAUGUGUGUUUUUUGUAUCUACAAGAAUCUGUUUAGUGUAUUAACAUUUAUUUUAUAGAACAUUUUAUAGUACAAAUUAAUUGUUAACAGAAUAGUCCAUUUUAUCAUUCGGUGCUCAAAAAAUUUGAUUUUCUUAAAAUCGUGUCAAAAUAAAGAUUGUUGUUGGUUGUGCCAUGUAACACUUGAAAUUAAACUUAUUACAGACAGAAGCUUUUCAAUUAGUUGAAUGUUUUAAAGCUUCUCUGUUUUGCCUUAAUAUUUUAUUAUUUCAAAUGUUUCAAAUGUAAAAAUAUGACAAACUGUUUUAUGUAGAAAUUUAUAUUACUAAAUUACCCUUUUUAAUAGCUAACUUAGUAUCUGAUUGUAGGAUUGGAUGGUUUUACUACCUGAGCUUUUUCAACUUUGGGAAACUUAAAUGCCUACAUUUUAUUUUGAUGUAAUGUAUUUAUUAAAUUAUGUAAUAGGAAAAUAAUAAUGGACAUUGGUAUAGAUGGCAUAUCGGUAUCUAAAUAGGCCAGAUAUCAGCAGAAGAUGCUAGAUUGGUUAUUGGAGGGAAAGUAAGAAUAAAUCUAAUCCAUUAAGGAAGCUAAUGACAAAUGGUUUUAGAUUUAAGUGGGCCUUUUAUUAAAUAAACAAUUCUAAAACUAAGUUCUGAAGUCUAUUCUUAAGCUAUCGUUCAGUGUUUUUUACAGUGACAGAGACUACCUUUCAGUCUGUCCCCAGCUUUAACUUUUAUUCACUGUUUUCAGUUUGGGCAAUUCAGUGCUUUAUAUAAUGUCUUGGUUCUCAUUUAAAAACUCAAAAUAACUCAAACUGCAGCCAGUUGGUAUUAUUAGUUACAUUUUAUUAAGAUUUCACUACUUAAAAUUGUAGGUCUUUGUCUGCUGAGUGAAUUUUUUUAACUUCUUUGUACUCUUUGCGCUUUUCACUGUGGUGAGCUCAGAACCUGAAUAUCUGGAUCGCAACGGCUGAAGUUAUUUACACAUCGCACUACUGACACUAAACGUCAAACGAUACUAAAAACUGAAUUCAAAACCAAGCUUGAACGCUGGGAUAAUGUUACAUGGCUUUUAGGGGGUUACUUGUGCUUUUGGAGAAAUGGGUUCAGUUUGCUGCAUGAUCCUAAAGAAUUUUGUAUAUUUGCUGUACAACUGGACCAUCAUAAAGGCAUAACUUUUUUUUUUAAGGGCAUACUUCUUGGACUUAAGGUACUUCUUGUUUUUGUAUGUGCAGAAUAUCAAAGAGUACAAAAGCAAAAAUAAGUACAUUUUCUAUUGUAAGCUUGAAUGUACUCUGAUAUACACUGCCAUUUUUCUACUAGAGGGCCAAAAGGUAAUGUCUGUAUUUGUUUUUGUUUGUGGGUAUGUAGAUUGUAGGUGAUGUUUUGCUUAUUAUACACUGGAAUACCAAAUAAACAAUAAGUAAAUAAAACA